AUGGAUAUAAGAGAGAAGAAUAUUUUAUUGUGUUGCUGUGGUGGCCAGAGUGGCAAGAGGUACAUUGCAAGACACCAUUUGGGAACUGCAACAGUUGUUAUGAGUUACAGGAAAAUUUCAGGACUGUCGACAGGGUCAGCGGCGGUGCCAGGAAGCACGAGGAACGUGACGCCAGGGCCGAUCAAAUCUGUUGAGGCUACCAACAACAAGGGUGCUAGGAGCUUGCCUAUCUAUAUUGCUAUUAAUGAGUACAGCAAACGUAUGGAAGACGAGCUUGACUUCAGGCCCGGGGACAAGAUCCAGGUGUUGCUGGACGAUGAGGAGUACAAUGAUGGCUGGUACUUCGGCAGGAACUUGCGCACGCAAGAGGAAGGCUUGUAUCCUGCUGUGUUUACACAGGAGAUUAAAAUGGAGAGGAAGUAUCCGCUAACGCGGGCAAAGAGUUUCAAGAGAUCGGUCAGCAACGACAGUAUCUCGCAGCAACAACAACAACAACAACAGGGUGCAAACAAUUCAAUUAUGGAGGAUAUCGACACGGCUCUCAACGAUAUGAGUGGGGAUUCCUCUCUCGGUGGUGUGGACGAAUCUGCUCAGCAGCAGGUGGAGGUCUCUAUGAUCACCACGACAACUGCAUUGGAUACUUCCAGUGCAGACAACGUUGGCUCCGGCAACUUAACUCCUACGCACGCUAGGGACUGGUCUCCAUCGCAGGUCGCUGCUUAUUUCCGUUCUGCGGGAUUCAGCCAAGACACUGCGGAAAAGUUCGAACAGCACAAGAUAUCUGGUCCAAUCCUGCUGGAGUUGGAGUUGUCGUACUUGAAGGAGCUCGACAUCGACUCUUUUGGUGUCAGGUUCGAAGUCUUUAAAGAAAUCGAAAAUAUUAAAAAUGCAAUGGGCGCCUCGCCAGAGCAGGUUCUGCAACCGGUGCAGAGUCAACAACGCACAUCUGAUAUGUAUUACCAAACUUCAAGAACAAGCUCAAAUAGCGGUCAAUUGAUGCCACCGGCAAACUUCGACACUUUGUCAUACGCAAAAGACGGUCUGCCAACAAUAGAGAGACCAUCUUCGGCCAGACAUGUGAGGAAUCCUUCGAAGUCACUCGAUGACUUGCCUUCUUCUAAUCCUUCUCCAGGAACAGAAAGUCAAAACUCUGGUUCAAAUAUCCGUCACUCAAAAAUACAAAGACCAAUGUCGACAAUUGUAAAUAGCGAAUCGACGACCUUCACGAAAAAAGAUGAACUGCCCCUCCCAAAAUCGGUCUCGGAAGUUCUUAGUAACAAUAACUCGUUUGCAUCUCCAAGAAGAGCUCCAAAACCACCGUCAUACCCAAGCCCUGUACAACCUCCGAAAUCACCAGCUCCAUAUGGCUCGAGAGGUGAUAGUGGAUUUCAAAGAAGAACCAGCAGUAAAAUGAUUGAAGAAGAAUAUGUGGAAGGUGAUGAAAGCUACGAAAAAGACGAUACUUUCACUGCAAUUAUGGAAAAAAUGACAAAUUUGACAGGUGGGUCAGAAGAGGAGGAAUACUCUGAUUUAGUAGAUAAUGAAGAAAAUAUCAAAAGUGAAAGCUCCAGUAUAUAUACAGAAGCUGUUGGCCAUUUACCGCAGUCCACAACCCAGAGGGGCAAAGCUGAUAAAAGACAGUCUUUUAUUCAAAGUCCAAAUAAGGCUAUGUUUACAAAUAAUGCUCAAAAAAGCUCCCCUGGAGGCAAAGACAGCAAAGAAGUGUCAAAUUUCACAUCAAAAAUACUCGGUGCAUCAUCUCCAUUGAGACCACCAAAUAGGAAUAACGACUAUUCCAGUAGUCCUUCUGGAAAGAACUCCAAGAGAAGGAGUUUAAGUGCUCAAGAUAUAACGGUGCUGGAUAACAAUGAGUUGGAAGACUCUAAUAAUCCGAAACAACGUUCUGUGAGUGAAGCUACUAAGAACAAAACAAUGAAGAAGAUGCCACCAAAUAAACUAAAGUCACAAACAACAGCUUUUACCGAAGGUUUAAGAACCAUUAGAGUACAAGACGCCAUGAAAGAUGCUGAUUGCUCGGGUUGGAUGAAUAAAAAAGGUUCCGGUACUGUAGGUGUAUGGAAGACAAGAUUUUUCACCUUACAUGGUACCAGGCUUUCAUAUUUCGGUAACACGACUGAUAGUAGAGAAAGAGGUUUAAUUGACAUCACUGGCCACCGUGUUGUUCCAGCAAGAGAAGACGAUAAAUUAGUUUCUCUGUAUGCAGCUAGUACCGGUAAAGGCCGUUAUUGUUUCAAACUGAUUCCGCCUCAACCUGGUUCGAAGAAAGGUUUAACUUUUACACAACCUAAAGUUCACUAUUUUGCAGUAGAUAAUAAAGAAGAAAUGAGAACAUGGAUGACUCAUUUAAUCAAGACAACCAUUGAUAUUGACACUUCGGUGCCUGUCGUGAGCUCAUACACGACUCCUACAGUUUCACUAAAUAAAGCUCAAGAGAUGCUAACGGAAGCACGUGAAGUCAACAGAAUCCGUGAAGAACAAACCUCUAUGGAGAACGAUGAAAGCAGAUUAUUAUGGGACCAACAGAAUGCCGAUACCAGUAAUACCGCACAUAAUAUCAUCAUAUCUACUAGUGAUAAUGGAUCCCCUAGUUAUAUCGGAAGUCCAGUGGAAAAGAAACCUGCAGGAACAACGAACUCUAUGAGCACUCCAAUGCUAAACAAAUUCAAUAGUCGUUCUAUGCAAGGAACUGAAGAGAACGAUACAAAGUCAUCAUUAUCCAAUACUUCAUCGAACAACAACAACAGAACGACAGUUUCUUCAUCGAUGGGAUUCUCGAGUCCAUACUUAUUAGCAUCCGGAAUGUCCACACCAAACAUUGUCCGUAGCAACAGUUUGCGUGCCAAGGAAAAAAUAACAAACAUAUCCACAAGUGACAUUCAAGAAGAUAAACAAGAUGGAUACUUUAACUCAGAAGAGUCGAACAAAUUUUUAUCAGAAAUAAACUUUAACUCAGCUUCCCCUCUCAUCCUACAUCUGCUACCUCUGCUCCCUUUCAAGAUCAUAGAAUUUCUAUAA